AAAGAAUGCAAAUUUUAGGUUUUGAAGAUUGCCCAUCUGCCGCUGCUGCUAUCCCUCCAACAGUUACCGGGUUGUUCCCUCCUCUCUCUCUUGGAAUUUUGAGGAUUUGAGGGAAGAGAGAGAAGAGAUUUAUUUGUAACUAUGGCGUCGCCGGAAGCUCCCCUUCGCUACGUAGGUGUUGACCGGAGCUCCGCCGCCUUCCGGCUAAUGAAACAAAUGAAGUUUGCCUUGCAUGGAUUUGUUAUUUUGAAGCAACUCAUUUACGAGGAAUUCAGAAAUGUUCCAGAACCAGUCAUCUAUCUGGGAUGGGAAGAAGGAGAAGGGCUUGGAAGAGAAAAACAAGGUAUCAAAGGAUAUCUCAGGGUGAAGAACAAACAGGAUACUUUAGGUAUAGGAACAGAGAAGCCAAAUGCAUGGGCAUUUGAUACCUCUCAAUUUGAUAGCAUUCUCAAGAAACUUAAAGUGCAAGCUGUUGACAUCAGAGCCGAGAAAGCUGACGAAAAAGAUGGACAAAAAGAAGAUGCAGAACUCAGCCCUUCUAAGGAUAGUAAAGAUACAGGUGCGAAGGUUACUCGACCACAAGGAAGAUAUAAGAAAAGGGAGAAGGGGAAGCGGGUAAAUGCAUAUUCAUCCAAGGAUCUUGAAGGAAUCCUUGUAAAUAGGACCAAGUCUCCGGAGGUUAAUACUGCCAAGGAAGCGUCAGAUGAUGAAAAGUUAAUUGAAAUCCUUGUACCUGACAUGGAAGUAAUAGUUCAAGAAGUUCCACAAGAUUGGUGGGGGCACAAAUUUGGGUUUGUUACUGGAGGUUUGCUUGGUGCUGAAUCUCGAAGAAAAAAGUCCCACGACAGGACAACAUUCAAUGAAGAUGAUCAAGAAAAUCUUUACAAACUUGUUCAGGACAAGGCCACAUCUGGCAAACAAGGGCUUGGUAUCAAGGACCGUACCAAGAAAGUUGCAGGGUGUUACUUUGAAGGAAAAAAGACUACUUUUGGAGACAGCGAUGAUGAGGAUUCUUCUGAUUCACGUUCUCGUUCUUCAGCGAAAAGGAAACAUGAAAAAGUUUCAGACACAGAUAACAUUGUGGGGCCUAAGCAGAAACUUAAGAAGUUGUGCAGACAACUUCUUCGGCAGGCACCCGGGGAGUCAUUAAAGCUGAAACAGCUCAAAGUUCUUAUCGAUGAACAUUCACCUUCAACAUUCUCCAGCUUUUCCUCAGACGAGUCCCUUGCCUUUUUAAAAACCAAGCUUGAAAACAGCGACAGAUUUUCAGUUAAAGGGAAGAAAGUCUUGCUUACGAAAUGAAGCUGAUGAGUUUUUUCUGGCACCUUGUUGAUCUGUAGCAAUGUGUACACGGCCAUGAAGAGGUAUUCGAUAGAAAUAGUUGUUUCAGUUAUGGGACAGCAACAGUAUGCGUUGUGAAGCCAUAGUGAUUUUAUGUUCCAUUCUUGGUCGGGAGUGGAAACAUGUUUUUAAAUUUUAUGUAAUUGUUUUCUAUUUUUUUUUCUUUCUUUUUCUAUUUUUAUCCUCAUGAUCAAAUUUUGAGCAGAUGAGUUAUUGAUAUAGUGCUAGUUAAAGAGUCAAAUGAGUAGCAAAUCUGUGAGCUGACAGAAAAAUAAUGUUUGAUUCCGGUUUUCAGACAUUUACAGGUUAUUAUAAUAAUUGUUAAGAUAUAAGAAUUCAUUGUUGCCUAUCAGAUGCCAUUGCGGCAUUUAUUUGUUCUCACAAAGGUUUGAGCAAUGCUUCAUUAUCUGAACCUUAUAUGGCCAUGUUUUGC